UCUUGAGUGUAAAGGACACAAAACUGCUGUCAGUACUGCUGGGAAAAUGACAGGCCAUUUUACUAUACAUGAACUCUGAAAACAUUUUUGCCGGCUUGAAUUUUCGGGAGACAUGUGUAGUCAAACUUGUUUUCAAAGUGCCGUAAAUAGAAUGUAGAUUUGUUCUAAACACUUCGAACAGUCAUUUAUAAUAUUUUCAUUACCUAUCACAUGACUGUUGUAUGGGGAGAUAGAAUUUCCUUAUUUCAGAAAAAAUUUACCAUUAAAUUAAAUUUGAAAAAUGAAUUUUAGAACAUUUCUGAAAAUCGGUAUUUGUUUAUUAUGCCUUAAUUGCGGAGAGUGUUUUAUUCCGCUAAUUCCUGUCGCAGUAGGUGGAUUAGCAGGCCUAGGUUAUAUGACAUGGUGUAGUUUCAGGGAGUGCUGCACAAAUCAGUACAUUCCAGCUGAUUUUACUUUGCUUAAUACUACACUGAACACUAAACUUUACGGCCAACAUUUGGCACAUGAAACCGUGCUGCACGCAUUGAAAGGUCAUUUCGAAGAUACAAAUCCGAAGAAGGCAUUAGCUAUGAGCUUUCACGGUUUACCUGGAAGUGGUAAAAACUAUAUGGCAAACUUUAUCGUUGACGCACUGUAUAAAAAUGGUGCUAACAGUAGUUAUGUUCAUUUUUAUAAAGGGCGUCUUCAUUUUCCCGCCGAUGGAAACAUCGCUGAAUAUCAGCGGAACCUUCGAGACGAAAUAACGAAAUAUCUUCAGGUGUGCACACGCUCGAUCUUCAUAUUUGACGAAGUUGAUAAAAUACCAGAAGGAACGCUCAAUAUACUUGUGCCAUUUUUGGACUAUAAUCCAAAGCUUCAAAAUAUAGAAACAACCAAAGCUAUAUUUAUAUUUUUGUCAAACACUGGAGGUUCUGCAGUGGCAAAGCAUCUGCUAGAGAUGUGGCAAGCUGGAAAAAAACGAGACGAAACCACUCUGGCAGACUUUGAAUUGUUACUAGCUAUGGGUGCGUUCAAUGAAAAGGGCGGUUUUCACAAAAGUGAUACAAUCGAAACUAGCCUCAUUGAUCAUUAUGUUCCGUUUUUACCACUUGAGGAAAUUCACGUAAAAAAGUGUAUAAUUGAUGCCUUUCUUAAAAGAGGCGUGGACCCAAGUGAUGAGAUGAUUCAAGAAACUAUGACACAUGUCACCUUCGGGCCACAUCCACAAAACCUUUAUUCCAAUGCUGGUUGUAAAAGACUCGAUCAAAAAGCUUCAGCUAUCAAGCAAAAGUUCAGUUCAAGAAGAAAUUCCAAAUUAUAAAAGUUAGCAUAUAUUUUGGUUCAACGAAUAUGUGUGUGUCGUAGAAGAUUACUAAUCUUUUUUAUUCGUGAAAUAAUUUUGAUAAAAUAUUAAUUCUUAAAUAAUACGGUACUAAUAUUUUUUUCAAAACAAGUAAUAGCCGUAUGUUUGAAAUCGAAAUAUAAUUUCACCGUUAUAAGUAAAAUGUUUGAGGAUACGCUAUCAGUAUGUUAUUUCAUGUUUUAUAAAACUCUCCGAUAGUGGAAAAUAAUGAAGCGUAAUAAUAACUGAAUUUUAAUAACAUAUUGGUGGUGUUAAAUAUUGAUAAUAAACAAACAAACCACCAACAAACUUUAAGUUGUACUUGCCUAGGUUUAUAGAUCUGAAUCCUUAACUCACUUUAACAUGUGAAUCCUACAUAAAUCAGUUUCUGUUACUGUCGUGUAACAGUUAAUACAAAUACAGAAUAUUGGAUAACGCAUUGGUGAACAGAAAGUUUAUUAGUAUUUAUUGGCACAAUUUGAGAACACUUCUCAGACAAUAAAAAUAUUUUAUGUAUACCCCAUUCUAGCAUAAUAGUUCUAAUGAUAGUACGUACACAUACAGGUAAUUGUACAUAUACAUAUGUGUAUAUAUAUACAUAUAUAUAUAUAUAUACUUUUAAAACUUUCUUUGUAUAAUAUUAAAAUAUAUCGAAACCUCAGUGUAAUGGAAUAACAGCUGCAGAGACAGAGGCUAUUCUACGUAUGCAAAAAUAGAACUUUGACAAUGCUUUAUAAGUAUAAAAUCGAACAUUU